UAUGUGCCCAUUCAUAUUUGAAUAUUAUCUCCUGCCUAUGCCAACUGCCUAUCAUCAAUUAUCAUCAUUCUGCAAACCAUGCAAAUUUCUACAAUAUUCUACUACAUUCUACAGUAUUUUUACUGUUUUUACAGCUUCAUACAUACAUUAUAAUGGACUUGUGCAAAGGUGGGGAGCUGUUGGAGAGGAUACGAAAGAAAGAACAGUUUGCAGAGGUAGAAGCUAGUGCAAUAAUGAGGAAAUUAGUUUCGGCAGUGAACUUCAUGCAUGACAAAGGAGUAGUACACAGAGAUUUGAAACCAGAGAAUAUCUUGUUUAAAGAUGAUUCUGAAGAUGCAGAAUUAAAGAUAAUUGACUUUGGAUUUGCACGUAUCACCAAUAGCAACCAGCCCCUUAUGACACCAUGCUUCACGCUCUCAUAUGCUGCACCAGAAGUUCUACAUCAAAUAUCUCAUAGGGAUGAAGGGUAUGAUGCAUCAUGUGACAUCUGGAGUCUGGGUGUGAUUCUUUAUACAAUGCUGUCUGGCCAUGUUCCUUUCCAAGCCAAGAGGAAUAGUGGCGAUAACAGUGCUACUUCCAUUAUGAUGCGCAUUAAGCAAGGAGACUUUAGCUUAGACGGAGAAGAGUGGCAGUCCGUAUCCGUUGCUGCUAAAGAUUUAAUUAAAG